CCAAUAGUGUACCAACGUCAUUCUUACACGAAGGGUAGACGUUGCUGUGCCACAGUGGGGCGAAUGCAUCUCCCAAGUGGCUGGUGCAUCCCCUUUGAUGCAUAUGCGUACCGGCAGAGUAUCUCUAUAACAAGUAUAAGCAGACUUAGGCCCACCGGUGAUCGGAACUAAAGUCGUUCAGCCAUCACAGGUACCUUGCCUCACUUAGAGCUCCCCUGCAUCUCCAAAGUGCUGCAAAGCUUCACUUACACAGAGCCUUGGAGGUCGGUCCGCCUACCACUCAUCACUCUCUAGCUAUCGAGACUUCUGUCUCACUCAAAAUAGCCAUGACUUCUCUAGUAGCUGCAAAGAACCAGCUGCGUUCUGUCAUGAAGGACAGGCUCGCCCUCAUUGCCCAUGAAUCCAUCAAUAACCAGAGCCGCACAGUAUUUGAGACGCUCAAGACGUUCAGACCAUACGUGGAAGCACAGAGGGUCAGCGUCUUCCUCUCAAUGCCCUUUGGCGAAGUCCAGACAGAUCAAAUCGUGCGCCACGCUCUGUCAACAGGCAAGCACGUCUACGUUCCCUACUUACACAAGUCGCCUUUCCCGCCUGGGGAGACACCGCCCAGGGUCAUGGACAUGGUCCGUCUGCGCGACAUCCACGACUACGAGUCACUGCAACCCGACAAAUGGGGCAUUCCCAGCAUUGACCCCGAGACGGUACACCAGAGAGACCGGGUCCUAGGCGAGCCUGGUGCCGAGUCCCCUGACUCCUCCUUCUUGGACCUGAUGCUACUCCCCGGUGUUGCAUUCGACGUCGAUGACAAGUCGGGCUCACUACGGCGCCUUGGGCACGGAAAGGGCUUUUAUGAUCUUUUCAUCCGCAGGUACACGGCAAAAUAUGACGGGGAGCUGUCGUCUCCCAAGCGUCCUGUAUUGCUCUACGGCCUGGCUCUCGCGGAGCAGUUCAUCUCUCGACCCUCCGACGGACCUAUUCCCGUGGCUCAGCAUGACCAACCACUCCAUGGUCUCGUUUUGGGGAACGGGGAGGUCAAGAGGCCGGCAGACAGAUCCCACAACAAAUAGCUUUUUUUCUUCAUGCCGCCUAGCCUUGUUCGUGGUGACAGAUCCGUGGUAUCAACUUUUUUUAUGCAGUCGCCCCAGAGCGUGCUUCGCCGUCGUGGCGUCAUCCUCUUUAAACUCGAGUCGUUUCUCUAGCUCGAUAAACUUUGGAUCAGCGACACGUUGUCGCCCUUCAACAAUAUUUGUCCUGCGUGCGGGUUAGCGAAUCCGCGCUUCGACGUCUCUGGCGGUGGGAUGGCAUACCCAACGGCUUCCUCUUCUCUUCGGGGUUCGUCUUGGUCACCUGCUUCACUUCGACCGCGUCGUCAAUGACGAG